AUGCAAUCCGAAGACAAUGAGUGGUAAAAAGUGGUUCAGACCACCACCAAAAUAGAUUAAUAAAUCAAGAAUAUCAAAUUGAGAUUAUAGUCAGCAUUGACAUAGCUUAUCAUUCAAUCCGAAGAAAAUAAUAAAAUUAGCAAUCCUGAACCAAUCCUUCCAAAAACCAAUGUUCCUUUGAUCAUACAACAUACCAGCAGAUCUAUUGAAAAGAGAGACAAACCUGCAAUCAGACAGUGUGCAUCUAAAUCUCCUAUUAGAACCCCUGAAACUACGGACUGCCCAUCUCCAAUUUCAUCAAUAGCUCAUAAUUCCCUUCUAAGAAUGUAAUUGAAGGCAGCAGAAGUGUUAAGUCCAAAAUAUCAAAAUAUAUCGGAUAGAUUCCAUAUAGGCAAAUUUUUGGGUAAAGGCAAAUUUAGUGAUGUAUUUUAAGCAUAGUAAAAUACUAAUUUAAAUUAGAGAGAAAUCAUCAAAAGUGUUAGUGGCUUUAAAAGUAAUUCAAAAGAGUGUUAUCAGCAAAUAUAAAAUGGAGGCCCAAUUGGCCCAUGAAAUAAAAAUUUAGAGUUAUCUCAAUCAUCCAAAUAUACUUAAACUAUAUGGUGUAUUCUAAGAAUAAACUAAAGUAUUUAAUUGAAGAUUAUUAGAUUGUUUUAAUUUUAGAAUAUGCACCAGAUGGAGAGUUAUACAAGUUGCUUAAGAAACAACCAAAUCGUAGAUUCAGUGAAAAUAAAGCUGGAAACUAUAUUGCAUAGAUUGUGGAAGGGAUUUCGUACAUGCAUAAAAUGAAAGUGAUUCAUAGAGAUAUCAAACCAGAAAACAUAUUAAUUAGUCUAGUAAUAAAGAUGAAUUAAAUUAGUAAUUUCUAAAAAUAGCUGAUUUUGGAUUAGCUACAUAUUCACCAGAAUCUAAACCCAGGUAAUCCUUUUGCGGCACAAUUGAUUAUAUGUCUCCAGAGAUAGCUUCUGGGUAAGACUAUGAUCACUCAGUUGACUUGUGGUCGAUAGGCAUCCUAGCGUAUGAAUUGACUACAGGAACCACACCUUUUUAUUAAUCAUCUAAAGAAGAUACCAUGAGGAAGAUCAUAGAAGGUCGAGUUGAUUUCCCUAAAUAUGUUUCGAAUGAAUUAUAAGAUUUUUCAAAGUGCUGUUUGAGGAAGGAUCCCUCAUAAAGGUUGAGAUUGGAAUAGAUGGCUGUUCAUAAAUGGAUUCAAAUGAAUCAUUAGGCUGGGGGAUAGUAUGAUCGAAUGCUUGUUUAAUAAUUGGUAACAAUACUGAAAUGAUUUAUGUGAUUAUGUGAAAAUUUGUUUUAAUUUUAUUAUAAAUUAAUGAGAAGUAAUAAUUAGCGCGAGAAUCAAGAAAAAAGAGUAAGGAAACCAAAUCGAUAUAAAGUAAAAUUUGUAUUUUGAAUCAAAGCAGUUUUAAGAUGAGGAGGAAAUAGAUUAAAUAAUCAAAUCAUGUGAGAAAGCACAAAAAUCUAGGAAACUAAGAAAAUUAAGCCAGGAGUCUUCAAUAGAGGUAGAUGAAGAAGAGGAUGAAUAAUCAGAUAGUUAAUAUGAAUCAGAUUAUAAUGAAGAUUAUUGUUGGAAAUGUAGGUAAAAGAAUAGACCUUUAUUGUGUUGUGAUUCAUGCUACAGAUCAUUUCAUAUGGCAUGUGUAGGAAUCAAAAAGAUGCCUCCAGGUUCUUGGUAUUGUCCAUAAUGUUGUCAAUAUGAGUAAUCUUAUUGUCCCUAUUGUGACGAAUAAAGUACAAAUGAAAAGAUUAUAUGUUCAAAAUGUAAUACUUUUAUUCAUUUUGAUUGCAUUUUGAAAGACAUUCCCUUUGAAGCCAUUCUCAGAUCGCCUGCCAAUCGAAAACAGAUUUCAGAAGAACAAUUUUCAUAAUUAUUAUUGGCUGAUAGACCCACAAAGACUUCGCCAUUGAUCUUUCAUUGCUGUUUAAGAUGUUUAUAAAGCUUUGGAGUUGGGUAAAUCUUGACUCAUUUGAAAUUCAAAGAAAAAUAAUGUUAUUUAAUUUUACUUGAAUAAUCAUCAUAUUUACAUUGCCACUUUUUUAGUUAAGCAUAAGUACAAACAGUUAAUCAAAGGAAAUUGAAAAACUAUGUUGAGAAAAACGAAGGAAAAUAAGAUACACUAGAAAAUGAUAAUGAUGCUGACUUACAGGCAUCUCUAAAUUAUAUUGAAGAAGACAUCUUAGAAUAUUUAGAACCUGAACGAAUUAUCGGAUGUAAAAGAGGAGCAAAUGAUCAAAAGAAAACAUGGAGAGAAAUCUAUAAUUAGGAAAUGCCUAAGAUAACACAAUAUGGAACUAAAAACAAUUACAAAUUUUUAAUUAAAUGGUCUCGAAUGUUUUAUGAAGAGAGUAGUUGGGAAGAUGCAUAUUUUAUAAUGGAAAAAAAUAGGGAUGAAUUUAAAAGAUUCUUAAAAUCAAAAAUAUUAGAAGAAACUUAUGGCACUCCAGAAUACGAGUAGUUCAUUAAGCAAUUCUUGAAAGUGCCUCAAGGUAAAAGUAAGAAGAACUAACCUGUAUGGAUCACUGGAGGUCAAUUACAUUCAUUUCAACUCUAAGGAUUAUAAUGGUUAUAAAAAUCAUAUGAAACAAAUAACAAUGUAAUUCUUGCAGAUGAAAUGGGAUUAGGUAAAACCAUCCAAACUAUUUCCUUUUUGAACUUUUUGUAAUAUGAAUAUAAAAAGUCAGGACCAUUUCUUAUUAUUGGACCAGCUACAAUUUUAUAUAAUUGGUUGAAGGAAUUAAAAAAAUGGGCAGAAACUUUUAAUGUCAUUGUUUAUACAGGUAAUUAGGAAAGUAGAGACAUUAUCAAAGCAAAAGAAUUUUAUUAUAGUAAUAACAAUAAUGUGUGUAAAUUUAAUGUCUUGAUCACUAGUUAUGAUAUUGCUAUUAUUGAUUAAGCAAUAAUUAAAAAGAUUAAUUGGGAAUGCUUAAUUGUAGACGAGGCUCACAGAUUAAAAAACAACGAUUCCAAAUUCUUCAAGGUUUGUUCUCAAUUUUCUAGUCAACACAUUAUCUUAUUAACUGGCACUCCAUUGCAAAAUAAUCUACAAGAACUUAUUAACCUUAUUGAAUUCAUUGCUCCUUAAAAGGUUAAAUAACUUAAAAAAGAACAAUUAAAUGUUUUAUUCAAUAAUCAGGAUCUAGAUGACUUUUAGGAGGUUAAAAAGACUACACUUACAGAAUUAAAUUCCUUAUUAAAGCCUCAUAUUUUAAGGAGAACAAAGGCUGAUGUCAAAUUGUAAGUUCCUGAAAUGGAAGAAAUUAUUAUCAAGUUGUGCUUGACAGAUAAAUAGAAGUUCCUCUAUAAAAAUGUUAUGUUAAGAAAUUAUGAAAAAUUAAAAGUUUUAGAUUAAAAAAAGGGAGCCAGCAAGGCAAAUUUAUUAAAUAUUUUAAUGUCUUUGCGUUUAGUAUGUAACCAUCCUUAUCUAUUUACUUAUAAACGAGAAUUUCCUAAUGAGGACAUUGAAGAAAUGAUUAAUUAAUCUAAUAAAUUGAAGUUUGUGGAUAGAAUCAUACCCAGAUUAUUGGAGAUGUAGCAUAAAAUGCUUAUUUUCAGUUAAUUUACAAUGAUGCUUGAUUUGAUGCAACAUUAUCUACAAUUAAGAGGAUAUAGCUAUGAAAGAUUGGAUGGAACUACAAGUAUUAUGGAUAGGUAAAGAAUAAUAGAUUCAUUUAAUAAUUCAACUGGUAAAUCUAAAAUAUUCUUACUAUCAACAAGAGCAGGUGGAUUAGGAAUUAAUUUAACAUCUGCUGAUACAAUUAUCUUUACUGAUAGUGAUUUUAAUCCUUAUAGAGAUCUUUAAGCAAUUAGCAGAGCUCACAGAAUGGGUUAGACAAAUAAAGUGAAAGUUUUUAGAUUAGUAAGUAAAUACACAGCUGAGGAAAGAAUAAUUUAGAUAGCUACUAAAAAAUUACUUUUGGAAGAAAUCAUAAUUAAUCCCAUUAAUAAAUUUACUAAGGAUGAUUUCUAAUCAAUCUUUAAAGAAAGUACUUGGGAAUUGUUUAAUAAAAAUUUAGAGGAGAAGGACUAAGAAUUUACUGAUGAAUAAUUAAAUAUUUUAUUAUAAAGAGAUAUUGAAUAGUAAUCUGAUUAGCAAUACGUUAAUUUAAAAAAGAAUGAUAUUAACGAUUAUUAUUUGUCAGGAUUUAAAUUUACAAGUUUCAAUUUGGAACAAAUAGAAAAGGAAGGAGAGGAGAGUCAUUAGAAUGUGAAUUUGGAUAAAUAUUGGGAGACCUUCUUGGAUGAAGAAGCAAAAGAAUUUGCAGAAAAAGAAUAGGAUGAAUUUGGAAAAGGUAAAAGAUUGAAAAAGUAAAAUAUGCCAAACUAUCACGAAGAUUAUCAUCAAUGUACAUUAUAUAAGAGAAUAUUAUUAGUUUCAUCAUCUUAAUAUAGUCCAUCUGAUUAGAGCCAAGGAACUGGAUCUGAAUAAGAAAAUGAUGAGAAUAAGAAGGAUUAAAAAGUAGUAUCUGAAAGAAUGUAGAAGUUGAUCGACAAGGAUUUACAAAUCAUGAGAUUUUUCUAAUAAACUGUUCUGGAGCAUUCUGAAUUAGCAUAACUUAGUGUAGACAAUGAUAUUGUGACAUAUGGUUUUACUGCUUAUCAUAGAUUAGAAUUUCUUGAUUUUGUUUUAUCAUUUGGAAUGGAUUUCGAUUCUAUAGAUUAGUUUUAUUAAGUGUAAUACUCUAAUGUUAUCAUAUUUUAGAUUACAAAGAGAGAAACCCUAAUGUUUUUCAGCUGAGUAUAAACCUAGUAAUGACGAAUUUAAAAAGUACGUUAAGGAAUUUUACUCUCUCCUUUUAGAUUAUGAAUAAUUUAAAGAGAAAAAAAAUAUUGCAUUUUGUAAAAUAAAUCCCAAGGACAUAUUUUAUCGAAUUUGUGGAUUGAUGUAUUUGAAAAAGAAAUAUUAAUUCUACUAAAAUAGAUAAGCAAAGUUUACAAUAAAGCAUGAAAGUACAUAUAAUCAAUAUCAAUUUAAUUAGGCUACCAAAAAAACAAAGUGCAAAAGGAUUAAGAGUAAAUUAUAUACAAAAAUGAGGAGUGGACUAAUUUUGAUGAUUUUACCCUUUGUAAAUAUAUCGCUGAAAAAGGUUUUAAUGCAAGUAUUUGAUUUUAUUAUUGUUCAAGUUGAUUAAAUUGUGGAAGAUCAGGGCUACUUUUAAUUUGCUUCAGAGUUACAGGAAUUUCCAUUCUGGUUCAAACUAUUCAGAAAGAUUGAGUAGGUGUAAUUCGAAUAGAUUUAAAAUGAAGAAUAAGUGAAGAAGUAUCUGAAGUAUUGGAUGUAGUAGAGGUGUUUAAUGCUAAUGAGUUUAAUUAUUGAUUCUGAAGAAUGA